UGACAUGCAGAUUAGUUGUGGUAGGACUUCCGGUAUGUGUCUUGUUGUGGGAGGGGCCCGUUUUAGGUGUACAACCCUUGUUCCCUCUAGUUGAUGUCACGCCCUAAAUGAUUUUUUAGUAGCAUACUUUCUGUGGCUGUAGACAAGCACGCAAUAACGUUCAGCGCUUUGAGGUGAGGGUUUUGUCGUCGUUCGGGUGAACAAGUAUUAGCUGGAGAUAUGUUUCGCAGACAGAAGGCACAGGAUGAGGGGGAGAAGGAACCACUGUUGGAUGAGGGGGAGGCAGAGUCCCUGGCAGACUUCAGACCACUUGUUGUGCUGGAGUUCUCCAGUAAGACCACACCUGUCACAAGGGAAUGGAUGAAGUCAAAGAUUGAAGCUUCCAAGAGGCAGGGAGGAGCAGAUCUUAAUGCAAAGCUGGUUGUUGCUCGAGAUGGUGAGGAGCGGGUGCUGCUGGUGUCUGCACCACAGGAGAGACUCCUGCAGGGUGCUGAACAGAUGGGGCUGAAGAAGAAGUACAAGGACGGGUCCGUCAGGGCCUUCACUUUUGCAGAGAGACAAAAUGUUGAAGACUACACAGAGUCACUGGAGGGCAUGUUAACCAUGUCACAGAGCCAGUACAUUAUCAAGGUAGAGCUUGAUAACAUCCGUGCACUGGAGGCAGAGAACCACAUCCCAGGCUGUAGUCACCCCAAGGCAAGGCUUUACAAGGGGAAGUCAAUAUUGAGUAGAAUGGUAUCAUGUCAUCUCCUGGAGAAAAUGUAUCCAGUACACAACCCUGAGCAGCUCAAGAGACUGCAACACGAUUGGUACCACCUGAAUAAACCUAAACAGCUCAUUGGGGGCCAGCCUAUUGAAACUAUAAGAGGUUACUUUGGGGAGAGUGUGGCUAUGUACUUCUCCUUCUUGGGCCACUACACCAAAGCGCUUCUGGUACCAACCGUGAUCGGAGUCUUGUACUACCUUUUCAACGAGAGCGGCCGCAAUGAUUUUGUCAUCUUUGCCGUCUUCAACAUGAUAUGGGCCACAGUUUUCCUUGAGACAUGGAAACGCACCAGCAGCGCACAUGCCUACAACUGGGGAACUCUUGGAAGGAAGGUCUUUGAGGAACCGCGGGCAGGUUUUCAUGGAAAGCUGGGUGUGAACCCAAUAACAGGAAGGUCGGAGCCGGUGUAUCCCUCGUGGAAAAGGCUUCUUCGAAUCUACUGCGUGUCCUUCCCAAUUGUGAUCUUGUGCAUGCUUGUUGCUGUGGUAGUGAUGAUGAUUUACUUCUGGGCAGAGAAUAUCGCCAAGGCAAAACACAAAGAGGAGAACACCAUGCUGACGCAAGGCUUGGUCCUUGUCCCCAGUAUCAUCUACAGUGUUGUCAUCAUCUUAAUGAACCAGGCAUACAGGACACUGGCUCAGUACUUAACAAAAAAUGAAAACCAUAGAGAACAGUCAGCAUAUGAGAACUACCUGAUUGUGAAACUUGUCUUGUUUGACUUUGUGAACUGCUUCCUGUGCCUGUUCUACAUCGCCUUUGUCAUGCAGGAUAUGAACUACCUCAGGCAGAGCCUGGCCAUCCUGCUGAUUGUACAGCAGCUGGUGGGACAGCUACAGGAGACUCUGCUGCCCUACCUGCUGAUGAGGAAGAGGAUCAAGAAGGGGGAAAAGUCCGGGCUGGACCAUGUAUCCAAACCCCUCCACGAGAUCCCAAGGUCCAAGCAAGCUGAAGUGGAAAGUCUUAUGGACAGAUAUGAGGGCACUUUUGAUGACUAUCUGGAGCUGUUUUGGCAGUUUGGGUACGUGUUCUUGUUCUCAGCUGUGUACCCCAUGGCAGCAUUCUGGGCCCUAGCCAACAACAUCAUGGAGAUCCGCACUGAUGCCUUCAAGAUGUGUCGCAUCUUCCAGCGCCCCUUCAUGGAGCCUGCUGCAAACAUCGGUGCAUGGCAGACUGUGUUUGAAGUGAUGGGGUUCAUUGCUGUAAUGACCAAUAUGGCACUGAUUGGCAUGUCACCUGAGAUACAGCCACUCCUGGAGGGCUACACAACAAUACAGAAGGUCCUCAUAUUCGUGGCUGCAGAACAUCUCAUUAUCUUCAUCAAGGUUGUGCUGGCCUUCGCAAUCCCAGACAUGCCCGAGUGGGUAGAGACACAGAUGGGCCGAAUAGAGUACCAGUCUACACAGGCACUGAAGAAGCAGAAUAUCAGCAAACAACGUAGUUGGUGGGAAACAUUUGAUGGCAUCUGUUGCCAUGGCUGCUGUCUCCAUGGUUACCUGUUCUGGGAAAACACCAGACCCUGCAAGAACCAAAGCACAACCACAGACAUAUUGGACAUGGGAGCUCAAAGCACUAGUCAAACUGUGGAGAAAGAACAAGACUUAUGUUUGCAAAGUGGUUCAGACGUGUUGCAAAAAGAGCUUGCUGGACAAGAUAACAAAAAGGGUGUUUUGGGGUUUGUUAGCAACUGUUUACUGUGGAUUGGUAGGGGAUGUCAGAAGGUGACGUGGUGGCUGUUCGGAGUGAACUACCCUGUUUUUAUUUGGUUAGUGGUGUCCAGGUUGCUGAGAAGGAAUUGAACUGUAGGUGCACAAGUUAGACUUGUUAUAUAUGUAAUUGAAGGUGCAAUCUAACAAAUUAUGCAAAUGAAGCUAUCCUCCAAGGGGUAAAGAAAGGUCUGUGACUGAGCUCAUACUUUAAACUACCAUUUUCACUAUCAUUGCUGUGUAUAACUUUUUGUUGUCUUUAUUCAUUAAUGUGGUAAUCAUUGUGCCAUUUUUGUGAAUCUAUGUUUAGUCUACUUGUGCUGCUUUUUGUCAACAUGCUUCCGAUCCAACUGUCCUACCCCACCCAUUAUUAUACAAUCCUUGUGUAGGAUCAUCACUGCAGUUCUCCAUUGCCAUUUCCCAGUCUGUCUCUUCCCCUCAGCUCAUCCCUUCUGCUUGGUAAGUGGCUGUUCAUCCCUGCUGCCGGAUUGGUCACUUCUGUUUUUGAUUGACAGGCCAACCCCCAACUGACAUGAUUGGUCCUUCCCUUCUCUCACAGGCCCAGCUCCACCGCACCAGGUGGAUGAUCACAAGCGCCCCCUCUCUUGACUAUGAGAACUACAACCAUUCUUAAAGCAACAUUAUUAUAAGGACAGAAAGAAAUCAUCAUGACAGUACAGGCUUUCUCUAAUUAUAUAAGGGCUGUCUCCAGGACCCGUCCCGGAAAGGAAAUUUGCUUAUUGGCAAAGAAAGAGAUUUCACCUACCCUUCCCAAACAUCAGAGCUUCAUGACACAAAAGUGAUGAACAUGUAUUUUCAUAAGAUUAAAUUGACAGAUUUAACAACAAAAAUGAACAACAAACAAUUAGUGGGAUGGAAAAAAAUUAAAGCUGCAAACAGCCCUGGUUCCUUAAAAAUGUGCUGAUUUAUUUAAGAUAUAAAAACAAUGUGGAAUGAUGACAUGAUGAUACCCAUUGUGUCAGAUAAAGUCUCUAAGCAACGUCUAUCUGCAGAGUGCUGAGGAACUGGUGGUGUCAAUGGUACAGACAGAACUCCAGGGCCCCUCCCUUGGUUUACCUUUUGUCUAAUUGAAGACCACUUAAGUUUUAUCCAUGAGGAGUUGCAUAGACAUUUUGAUACAUUUUAUUAUUUGAUUUAUGUUAUUAGUUAUUUGAGGUGCAUACCUUAUCAGUAUGCACCUUGGUCCCUUUAUUUUCCUUUUUGCAUGACAAGGCUCUGCCAUUGUGGCAUUGCCAAAAAAAAGGUUUUAAGGUAUCAUGAAUAGUGUGGUGACCUGGAUCUCUGCAUUCUACUUAAACAUAACUUUCUGUGUUUUGUUACAAUGAUUUAAUUUCAAGAAAAAUGUGUCUUUAUUGCUUCUGCAAUAAUUAAGAUAGCUUGUAGCCGUGCUUAAUGUGGCAAAUUUCAGUGUUGCAUAGGUAUAUACAAAAUUGUGGAAUUAUGGUAUGUAUGAAAGUUGCUCUGAUAUUAUGCAAUAAUAUAGCCAUGUAAUAUAUGCCUAGCAUAUUAGUACUUGUAAGCUGUGGAAAGCAAGUGAUAAUGGUUUGCAUAUGAUCUGAUAGAUCUACUGUCCCUCAAAUUGUUUCACAAAUUGAUCAUUUUUCUGAUCAAGAUUAUUUUUCUUACUAGUGCAUCAUAAGAAGCUAUAGUUGCACUGUACACACAUAUUUUUAUAGCCAUGUAGAUUACAAUUAGGAAAAGUUACUUAUAUUUGAUUACAAAUUGCAACGUUCAGAGUACGUUAUUUUCGCAUAAAGAGUAAUGAUAUGGCUGGUUGCAAAGUAAACUUGUUUGCGGGUACUUUUAGUACUUGGUACCUAGACUUGUUAGUUAUCUAAGUUUUGAAUAAAUUGUACUUAGAUUCUUGUUAAAGCUACUGCAACGUUACUGCAUUCUGUUACUGUCAGUAAAGCAACACUAUGCUUUGUUAGUGUACGUGUACACCAUGUACCAGUGAAAUUAUAUAUGUUGAGUUUUUGA